AUAAAUAUCACUGUUAACUGAAACGGCUAACUAACGUAGUUUUAUGAAACCCGAGCUCUUGAAUUUUCUGUUUUCAUUCCUACAGGUGUGUGAUAAGUUCAAAGAAAUGAUGCCUAACAACAUACGCAGUAUGAGAAUGGCGAAAGAAGUACUGGAAUUGGCAAGAAACCCACCUCAUGGUAUCACUUGUUGGACAAAGAAUGACAGAAAUGAUCUGUUAGAAGCAAUUGUGCAGGGCAGUGAAGGAACACCAUAUGCAAAUGGAAACUUCAGAAUUGACAUUGUCGUUCCAGAACGAUACCCAAUGGAUCCCCCACAGCUAAAGUUUCUGACAAAGGUGUAUCAUCCCAACAUAGACAAUGCCACAGGACUAAUUUGUUUAGAUGUUCUUAAAAUGCCUCCACAUGGCCGAUGGAGACCUGUUAACAAUCUUUCAUUGAUCCUCACAGCUGUCCAGCAGUUACUGUCAGACCCGAAUCCUCAUGACCCUCUUGAUUCUGCAAUAGCACAAGAGUAUAUUGCCAACAGAACCUUAUUCCUGGAAAAUGCCAAAAAAUGGACAAAGCUGUAUGCCAUUAACAACUCCUCCGCCCGUCCAUCAAAGCGCAAGAGUAUGGACGAAGACACCAGUGAAGAUACGGCUAAGCGUCUUCGUCCUUCGUCGCCAACAAAGCCUAACAAUAGUGAAGAGCCUCCGUCCAAGACCUCCGCAGUUGCAAGUGCUCAACCAUCUCAUAAAAUCAUGCUGAAGCGGAAGAGCGAUGACGAAUCCGUUCUUCAGGAAGCACCAAAGCGUUCCCAUGAGUCGCGGUCGUUGGUCAGAUCAGAAGAUGAUAGCAUUCCAGAAAAACAGUAGGAUCUUCUAAGAAGUAAACGUAAGGAUUUUGUUUACUUCUUCGUCCAAAAGUUAUGUUUUCGCUUUCUUUUUCCUUUUCCUAUUUUGCUCGUAAAUUCAAUUCUUUUACUUUCCUUUCGUUAUAUAUGCCCAUUUACUUCCGAGUAUUAUCAAAAUUUUUCAAACAAGAUAUUAGCCAUGAUUUUUUUUUAUUGUUGUGUAUAAUAUAAGUCGGCGCAUGAAACGUGCAAGUAGUUGCAAUAACUUCUGCAUUUACAGCUGCUAUAAUUUUUUCUUCGACCGUCGAAUGUAGGCUUGAAUGUAAAAGUUGGAAAAGAACACUAACAGAGUUAAACAGUAAAGAGCCAA